AUGGUGAAAUUCAACCUCAAAAUUAAAGCCGAACUUGCCGGUGUCACUGGUCUUGAACCUGUGGACACUCCCGAAGCUCACCACGAAUACACUUUCAGAAUUGAGUGCACAAAGUGCAGAGAAGUCCACGACAAGCCAGUGAACAUCAACAGAUUCGAGAAACACGACAUUUCUGGGUCCCGUGGCGAGGCCAGUUUUGUCUUUCGGUGCAAAGGAUGCAAGCACGAGCACCUGGCUCUGAUUGAACGUACCAAAGAGACAUUGGAAGCUGGAAACAGCGGAUGGGCUAAAUUGCUUGAAAUCGAUGCCAGAGGUGUUGAUUUCGUGGAGUUCAUUCCUGAAGGCAGGUGGCAGUGUAAAGGCGAAGAGCUGGGCACAAAGUUCGAGGAGGUUGAUUUGGAGGACAAGGAGUGGUAUGACUACGACGAUAAGCAGGGUGAGGAGGUGAGCAUCACCGAGGUGGAGUUUGACAUCCAGCGUGCGUGA